GUCAGUUUUGUUUUGAAGACGGUGAGGUAGAGAAUCCAUCUCGUCGAAUGGCUAUACAAAGUGAAACACUGACGAGUAUUUAUGUGUUCCUCGGCGACUUUCUGGCGUUUCUGAAGAGCCACAGAUUUUUAGAUAGUUACAUACUCGUACAUCCAGAUGUAAACGACGCUGUCCUUGCGCAGAGGGAUGAAGAAUUUGUUGAAAAACUACUUAAUUACCUAGAGCAGCUGCAGGGGUUGCUGGGAACAUGUUCAAGAGAGAAACAUUAUGGACAGCUUGAUGCCACAGAGCCAUAUUCUUGCUUCGAUGAGAGGGAAAAGGCAUGCAAGUUACCGAGGCACAGCAGCGAUGCAGCGAAUACAGCAGAAGACGAUAAUCCAGGAGUGGAAUGGCAAGACAACGCCGCUGGAUUCGAAGUAACACCGAGAGCUGAAUCAUUUGAUGCUCUUUUUGAAAUAACGCCAAAGGCUGACUCAUUGGAACCGCAAGCUGAUUGUCACAAUUCAGAGAAAUCUUCAACAGAGGAAGAAAGUGGAGAUGAAACUGCCCAAGAUCAGGUUGCUGUUGAUCAAGAAGAAAGUACAAACUGCAGUGGAGAAGUGGCCAAAGACAACAGUGUUCAGAAUAAAAAGGCAGAAGUGCAACAGAGCUUCCCACUGGGAUUGACUAUUCCCAGGGGUGGGCCGUACAUCUGUACAGCAUGCCACAAGGAAUUCCGGGACAAGGCGACUCUCAGCAGGCACUUCCGCAGACAUACAGGUGAGAAGCCAUUCAAAUGUGAGCACUGCCGAAAGUGUUUCUCAUCGAAAGUGAAUCUGAGCGCCCACCUGCUCCGCAGUCACAACAUCGGCAUUGAAAAAGCCCUCUGCUGUGCUGUGUGCGGCAAGCUUUUUUCUCGCAAGAAUUCGCUGGAAGUGCACAUGUCGAUCCAUCGGGACAACAAGCCGUUUGAAUGCCACAUGUGCCAUCGUACGUUUGCACAGAAGAUCUCUCUCAAUAUCCAUAUAGCUUCACAACACACAGGUGAACUAAACUACUCGUGCGAAGUCUGCGACAAGUCCUUCGCGUCAGCAUCGGCGCUCAACACGCACAGGCUGUCACACGGUGCGCCCCGGUUGCAAUGCGAUCUGUGCGGCCAGAUGUUCCGCCGCCCUGAUGUCCUGAAGUUGCAUCGCGAGGUGCGCCACGGGCUGCCGCUCCCGCGCACCCGCCGCUGCCCCACCUGUGACGAGGCGUUCCGCACGGCUUCCCAGCUCACUGCACACAUGCGGACACACGGCGUCAACUCGGAGCCGAAGAAGCUACACGGGAAGGCAAAGAGGACACGAGUGAAAGCGUCGUUCCUGUGCUCGACUUGCGGCAAGAAGUGCUGCCGUCUGAAGGACCACGAGAGGCGCCACCACGGGGACGGCCAGGCGCCUGCACCCGUGCCCUGCUUUGCGUGCACGUACUGCCCCAAGACGUUUGUCCACAAGGCCAAGCUGCAGAUGCACAUUGUCAGCCAUCUGGAGGAGCCGCGGUACUCGUGCGAACUUUGUGGGACCCGUUUCCGGCGGAAGGACACCCUGGACCGCCACGUGGCACGCCACGCGGACCCGCAGCCGUUCGCUUGCGACCGCUGCCGACGGCGCUACUCGUCGCGCUCCAGCCUGCGGGCACACGUGGAGGCGCGUCACACCGAGCGGCCGGAGGCGAGCCGCUUCAGCUGCGGCACCUGCGGGAAGGUCUACCUGCAGAAGAGCAGCUUCAUCGAGCACACGAAAACCCACACCGGAGAGUUUCGUUAUCAGUGCGAAACUUGUGAGAAGCGAUUUGUGAAGCGCAGUCACUACGAGUCCCACGUGCGUGUUCACAGCAGCGAACGGCCAUACCGGUGCGAUACGUGCGAGCGCUCGUACAAGGAACAGAAGCACCUGCGUGAGCACGUGCGAAGGGUCCACCCGCAGGUGCUGAGCCUGGAAGCCCUGGUCGCCUCCCUGGGGGACGAGGAAGUGGCCACAGUGGACGGUGGCGUGGAUCCGGCAGCCUCCGGCGUGGGCGUGACGCUGGUGGCGGGCCACGCGGAGGUGGCCGCUGUGCUGACGCCAUUUGUCAUCACGGAUCUUCCCGGGUAGUGUCGACCCUGACUGAUCACUCUGACCGCCUCGCACUGAGUGAGCUCACUCCACAGUGGCAUUGCAAACUAAUAAAGGAGCUUUUAAAAUCAUAA